GGCCUCGGCAUCCUGCAUCAUCAUGCCCUCAACUCAACUGCAGCUUCACAAAGAGAAGAGAAACCCAUCCGCUCGCUGCUCCUUCAUAUGUGAACUUCCUGUCUCGAGCAGUCACAAAGCGGUGUGGUUCACCAGACAGGGCGUUACAGUCUCCGGCUUCAUGGACAAGGAUCUGAGUAGAGACAUGACAGAACAGAGGAAAUCGUCCAAGAGAUGACACCAUCCAAAUACCCCGACAUAUAAAGGCUGAUAGGUUGAUUGACAGCUCACCGCCACACGUCCUCCCUCCGGAUCCCACCAACUUAUCAGCCGUCCAGCCAUGAUAUUGAGGAGGAAGCUGUGCGUUGCCUUGGUGAUCGCUGCCAUCCUCUUCCUCAUGUUCGCCAGUCAGAGCAUCCAGAAGAAAAACUUCCUGCCACUAUCACUGGCCCUGCCCUUCAGCUGGGCCACGCCCACCAAUGAGGAGACAGUCGUUCAACCAACAGCGCCUCCUGCUGGUCUGACCCAUGAACCUCCUGUUAGCCCCCCUCCUCCAAACACCCCUAAACCUGAGGCAGAGGAGGGGUCUUUAGGGGACCCCCAGCAGGAUCAGAGCAGGCCGUGUGGUUGCUCUGAUUCCUGCAUUUCAGACGUGGAGGGCUCAGACUGGUUCAGCAAACGCUAUGACCCCAAACAGCAGCCCGUCCUCCGAGAGACUAACAACUUUGACCCGGACGCGAUUAAAUGGUGGCUGGGUCUCCAGCGGUCAGGAACCGACCAGACCUUGGAGGGAGUCAUUUCAAAGAUGUUCAAGGUGAUUUCUCCGCCCACUGAGGACUUCAGGCCCCUUCCCUCUCGUUGCCGUAGAUGUGCUGUGGUCGGCAACUCUGGCAACCUACGGAAGUCAGGACACGGCAGCCUGAUCAACUCCCAUGACUUCAUAUUUCGGAUGAACAAAGCGGUGACCCAGGGAUUUGAGAAAGACGUUGGAAAUCGAACCACUUAUCACUUGUUAUACCCAGAGAGCGCGGUGGAUCUUAGCCGUGGCGUCGGACUCAUCCUGCUGCCGUUCAAACUGAGAGACCUGGAGUGGCUGACCAGCGCGCUGUCCACCGGAGAAGUUAAGAUGACCUACAUGAGAGUCAAAGACAGAGUGGCGGCGGAUAAAGACAAGGUUCUCGUGGUCAACCCGGUCUUCUUUAAGUACGUGUGUGAUCACUGGACUGAACGUCACGGUCGGUACCCGUCUACCGGCAUGCUGGCUAUCAUUUUCGCCCUGCACACCUGUGACCAGGUCUCUGUGUUCGGUUACGGCGCCGACCAGCAGGGUAACUGGCAUCACUACUGGGAGCAGAACCGCUACGCCGGAGCCUUCAAGAAGACGGGCGUCCACAGCGCUGACUUUGAAACACAGGUCAUCCAACAGCUCGCCAAGGAGGGCAAGAUCAGUCUGCACCUGUGACACAACCACUGACCUGCAGCACCUGCUGGUCUACAGACCGUCGCGCUGGCCGACUGUUUGUUUUUAAACAACUAGAUCCUUCACCGCUUAAUUCAUGAGACAGAUAACGAGUUAAAUCACGUCUGGGUGAUUGCGGCAAAGUGUCGUGACCUCUGGCACUGGAAAUUACAUUUCUGCGCUGGGUGUGGCGGCCAGAUUUUGCUCCUUUCUGAGGAAGUAGGAUAUUGAGACAGGAGUCAAACCUGUGUACUUCUUGCACGUCAAUCAUUUAAACUGCCUUAAGUCAGCCAUCGAGAAAGAGACAUUUUUACAGACUUGGAUUAUUUGUAGACAGAGCCCUUUAUGAGCAGGGAGAGCUAGACACGCCCUCUUUCAAGUGGGCGGGGCUUAUAAAGUCAAACUGGAUCUUCGAGGCUUGCCACUCUUCAAACAGACUUUCCUGCCAUUUGCGACUGCGAGGAUCGACCACAAAAGUUUUGCUCUGAGCGGGAAACAACCACAGACGUUUUUUUUUGUAUAUCUUAUUUCAAAUGUAACUUUAUAGACAUUAUACAGGGAUAACCUCUUUUAUAUUCAAAGCACUUUUGUCCUGAAGAAGAAAAGGUACAAAGACGCAAUGUUGUUGCUUUUUGUUUUCCAAACAGAUUUUUUUUUCAUAUUUUAUAUCAUUGAUAAUCCAUCCAUGUGUUCGAGUUUGAAUCUUAGCCCAAUCCGUCCUGAUUCAGAGGAUGUUGUCCAUCCUUUCUGUCUUGAACUUGAAACAGGACGACAAAGUUUUUUAAAAAUAUUUUUAGGAUUUCUGAUUUUUUGUCUUCCUAUGCCGUUGACUCUUCCUGUUUCGACUAUAUAUGGAGCUGAAGGCUGAGUGGGAGGAGCCUGUGUGAAGUCCUCAGCCUGUGUUUGAGCAACAGUCUGCAGGUUUUCAGAAUAUUUAAAAAAAAAAAAAGAGAGAAACAUUGUUUGAGUAUUUUUUUUUAUACUAUUUUAGACAUUGUGGCUCAAAAAAAAAUUGAGAUUGAGAUUAAGAUACGACUCAUUAAAAAGCUGCAGGCUGUUGAAGGUCUCUGACAAAGUGAAGAAGACGAGGAAAUCAUGCGUGACCUUAAAGUAAAGACGUAUUGCACAAAAACCUAACGAGGACAAAGUCAAACAAUCAGUAACAUCACCGCUGUGAGUGAUGCAUGGAUGAGUGCAAUGUACUUUUAAUAGAAACGAUCUGGAGUGCAACCAAAAAAACAAUCAACAAUACGAAUGAAGAGAGAUGGACCAGCGGAGGAGCCUGCUGUGGUCUGCUGGAGCUAAUGGGAGACGGCAAGUGGCGGUGCCGUCUCACCCGUACUGUGAAUGUUGCUGAUUGUCAAUCACAGUCGUCUGAAUGUUUGUGGCCUUAUCCGCGGAGCCCGAGGAGUCUCAAGAUGUUUUCACACUGUUGUCGGUUUGAGUCUGAAUCUGAGUUCUUUCUCCCAGAGUCUCUUCCAGCUGCUCUUUUGCAAAUCCUUUGGUCCUCCUCAUGGCCGUCUGCAACAAGCAACAAAACAAAUAGAUGCCGAUCUUGGAACCCACAGGCUAUUAUCUCACACCAAAAAAAAUAGUCUACGAGAGUGAGGGACAAGUUUAUUUGGCUUCCUGUGUAGCUUCAGGAAGCGAGUAAAGACUUCCCUCUCCGUGUGUCGUACUGCGUACUCUGACAUGCAACUUGAGACGUGAGAAUGAAUGUAGUGUUGAGUAAUGACAUUUUAAAGCCGAUUAACAGCUGCAAAUCUGUUUUUGUUUUUUAUUAAUUAAAGCUAAAUUCUUAUUAGAUGGCUGCCGAUGGGUUUUUCGGAUUGCAUCAUGAUGUGUUGCUUUCUCCUCAUUGUGCUCUCAACAUGAAAUAUUUCUUAAAUACUAUCAAAGACACCAGAAAUGCUAGUAAAAAAAAGAAUUCUCUGACUACAAACAGACACGUAACACUUUUGUUUGGUGGUGACUGAUUAUCAUAAAAUAUAUCUGGCCCAAAAUCUGACUUAUUUUAAUCCACUGUCUUAAAACAAAAGAGAUAAAUGUUGUUUGUAUUGCAGCAUCUUUUUGACAGGGGCAUAUGGGUGAAAUCAAGUUCUACUUGUAGUCGUCUGGUUGGCUGUAAGGCUUCAAGCAUCACCUUUUUUGCAUAGAUAGUUUAACUUCUGUGGCUCCAAAAUGUCAUCACAUUUUGCAUCAGUCUUUUGUUUCCGUCUACAGACUCAAUGUUUCCAGGGGGAUUACGAGGUACUUUUCGACUGUUAAUGUUGAUAUUACUUAAUUUGUCAGAUUCAGACCAACCUACCUGUGUGAAAUCGCUCAGUCUGCUUCAGACGACAAACUUGCUUUUUCAGCGUCUAUAAAGUGGGAAGGAAAUCACACAUAUGGACAUUUUUAUAACAUAUUUCUCUCAGUGUUUUGGCCUCUUGUUCACAUGCAAACUGAGUUUUAACUCACUGGGUCAGAUCCCUUUCUGCUCACUGGAGCACCGCUGAAUAUAUUUCAGCUUUGGGGGGGAAAAAAAGAGUUUAAAUGGAGUUAAAUAACCCAGAAUUGUUGUUGACAAAACAAACAACAACGUGGUCCUUUAGUGCCAUAACUUCUGUUGCUAUCAAAUAACUUCCAGCUUGGACAGUUAUAUGAUUUAAUGCAACAUGAAUCUGUUUCUGUCCCAUCAGUCUCCCCUGACUCCUGAGUGUUCAUGAAAUCCAUCUGGUAAAGGGAGCAGGGGCGUAUCCAGAGGGGUGGCAUGGGCCCCCCCUGAAAUCUUAUUCAGGGGGGGAAACAAAGUCAACAAAGUCACACCUAAACGAAGCGAGGUAUUUCAAGAAGUGACAGCAUGUCUGACACUGACAAUUUUUCCGCAGUGUGGGACGUAUAAAAGGCGGUUCUAAAAGAAAAAAAAAUCCAGGACUUGAUUGUCUGGAAAAUGUCAGGAGUUCAUGUGUGAGAGUGUCUUAAUUUAAUUCAGAUUUUAUUUCACCAAUAACUGGCCAAGAAUGCUGGUUUGAGUAAUUUUACGUUCUUGUGUUUUAUGUUCAACUUCUUUAAUAUAUAACCUGAAAAAUAUCAUUUUUUUUAAAUAUCCAUUAGUGUGUGAACAAAGCCUAAGUGUGUCCAACAAGUGUUUGUCAUUCAAGCCCUGAAUGGAGACGAAUGGGACUAACUGAGAGCUUUUUUAGACAGUGUUCCCUCAAAGACAUUAAAAAGGUCAGCUGUCUAAAAGGGAGCUUUCAGACGCUGUUAGGCGAUCCCUCCACUCUCCGUUUGAAGCAGACUGAGGACCUCUAUAAAUAAUCAGAAAUGCUGAAUCAUCAAGUGGAGGCUGCUGCUCUGGCCGGGUUAAAGAGUUUAAACCUGUAUGUGUGGAAGUGUCUUUAAACCCGAUACCAUAAACUGAGGUUUAAUGUGAAACAUCUGCUGCUUGUUUUUGUAGUUUUGGUUCAUGCUGUGGUUUAACUCUUUGUUGGCUCUUUUGGGAAAACUUCCUGAGAAAUUAUCUACUUUAUGAGGAACGUCGAGUCGCUUUAAUGACAGAGCAGCAGCCCUCUGAGCUGGUCUCAACAUCUGGACUCAAUGUUUUUUGGAAUUUACAGACUCAAGUUAAAGAUCCUCACGCUGGAAAAAUGAAGUUUUUUUUGUGAGUUUAAAUCCAAAGUUGUGUUUCAUAGUCUUCAUGCACUCUGAAUAUUUAGAGAUGAUUUCAAUCAAGGAUGCACACGGUUGCAGAUUAAUUCAAUGUGCUGCUUGUGUUUCAUAGUGUAAGACUGUUUGUAGGCUUAGAGCAGACCAAACGGGGUGUAUGUUUUAUGUUUUUUCAGUUUUCAUAGCUUUAAUUAAGCUCUUCAUGUUUAAACUGUGACUGUGUUUGUUCAAGAAAAAUGUCACUUCCAUUUAACACAGAACCUGCUGAUCAUCACGUCAUUUAUUCAUGUUUACAAACAGUGAUAUUCACUGUGUCAUUAAAAACGACAUGAACCCACCACUGUCACUUUGAAUGAAAUAAAAA